AUGAAUGAUCCAUCAGAAGAACACCUGGCAGCAGUGACACAUAUUCUAAGAUACUUGAAAACAACUCCAGGACUGGGAUUGUUUCUCACAAAGAAUAGCACCCGAACAAUUGAGCUAUAUACCGAUGCAAGUUGGGCUAGUGCAAUAACAUCAAGGAGAUCUACUACUGGUUAUUGCUCAUAUGUUUGGGGUAAUCUUGUGACUUGGAGGAGUAAAAAGCAAUCGGUGGUUGCUAGGAGUAGUGCCGAAGCAGGGUACCGGGCAUUAGCUCUUGGCAUCCAAGAAGCUAUGUGGAUUCAAAGAGUCCUAAAGGAACUAAAUUUGCCUGGUCAAGAGAAAGUGCAGAUGUACACUGACAGUCAGGCAGCCUUGAGCAUUGUAAAGAAUCCAGUCCAUCACGACAGGACUAAACAUGUCGAGAUAGACAGGCAUUUAAUCUCAAAGAAAGUUGAAUAUGGGGUCGUGGAUGUCAACUACGUGCCUUCAAGACAACAAACAGCUGACAUACUCACAAAGGCCCUAGCUCGUGACUUACUGGAGCAUUUCAAGAACAAGCUCGGUCUUCAUAACAUCUACACCAAGCUUGAGGAGGAGUGA